AUGAUUGAAGCACUCCGGGAGCUGCCAUCCUCCAGGUUUGCACUAUCCCUGAUGAGCAACAUGGGUAAGACCACUGUGGGAGAGAAAUGUCCUGCUGGUCCACGCCUCGACUUCGAUUUUAUUACAAAGAACGUAAGCGAGUUACGAAAGGAAGCUCCAGCUAAACCGAUGCUUAUUGGGUGCAGCUCUGCUGAAGGACUUGUGUUCUGUUUUGGAAUGGACCACUCGCUUAGCUCGAUAAUGGAGUACAUUUCUUCAAUCGUUCCCGAAAAGGAGCAUCCUCGCAUGUUCAAGAAACUGCGAGAGAAAGUUUUUGAGAAAGUUCUGUCAAAUCCGGACGACUACGAAGAAACAGCACGAGCUGCUGUAGAGAUCCUUGGCGAUGUAUUCGUGAACAUCGGAAUGCAAACGACAAUUUUGGAGACCUUGGAAGCACAUGAUGCUCCUUUGUACUUCUAUUCGUUUGAUUACUACAACCCUAGAAGCUGGGGACCACUAUCACUGCGAUGGCCUUUCAAA